AUGUUGCGCCACGUGCUGUGCGUGUUGGCCCUCGCGCUGUGCUGCUGCACGUCUGUGUGCGUGGCUGGCGGUGCUAGUGGCGUUGCAGGAGCUCCACUUUCGCAGGUUGCUGAGGGGCAAGUGAAGGGCUCCGGAACUCUUGCUGUGGAGGCCGCGAAGGACGCUGCAGCGGAGGCGGAAAAGGCCACAGCGGCGGUGAGCGCACUUGAUGCACAAAAGAAGGAGGCGUUAGAGAUAAUGGAGGCUGCAAAGAGUGCCUUGGAAGGGGAUAAUGUGGAAGCCGCAAAAACAGCAGUGCAGGCGGCGAUAACAGCAAGAAAAGCAGCAGAGGCGUCACAAACGACGACAGAGCAAACUACCGCAGAAGCGAGGUUUGCCUCGUUGCUGACAAAGGUGCCUGAGAUCAAGAAAAUAAAGGACCUCAUGUCUGCUUCGUUUGGAGCGAAGUGGGAACUUGUGCUGUUGGCGAAUGAGACCAAAAAGGCCAGCAACGCCAGCGAGGCUGCCUUGGCUGCAGCUGCAGCAGCGGAGAAGGCGAAGGAGGCGGCGAAGAGUGCGAGGGCUGCAGGGGCGGGAUUUGAGGAGGCGGCUGCAAAGGCGGCGGCGGCGGAGCAAAUGUUUACCGAGGCAGCGAAGAGGGCGACCAGCAUAAUGGGCACCGCAAAGAGCGCCAUCGAGCCCGCCAGGAACGCAGUGGCUGAAGCCCGAGAUGCGUACUUCGUGGUCUUGGCGGUGUGGAAGGGUUUGGCCUCGGAUGACGGUGUUGCGACAGGUACAACAGAGCAAAAAGUAACGGUUGCAGUAGCGGCCGCGGCGGAGGCAUUGAGGAGGACAGUGGAGAAAAUGAAGGAGACAGAGAGCAGCGUCGCGGCGGUGGUGAGCGGAGUUACAACAGCAACGGAGAAUGUGGAAGCUGCGGCGAAGGCGGCUGAAAACGCGCUGAGACGGAAAACAGAUGAGAAACCGAUUUCUGAGGAAGUUGCCCUUCAAGAAAAAGAAAACGUUGUACAGCCAGAAUCUAUUGGUGCGAGAGAGACAGGGGCGGAAUCAACGAGCAGUGAUGCCCUUUCUCCCUCAGAAACGGAAUCAACAAGCAGUGAUACCAUUCCUCCCUCAGCUGAGGAUGUUGUGCAUGCGGCGGAGCCCACAAACACUGCCGCUGCCGAUCCCGACACAUCUACAGUUCCCCCAACAACAACAACAACUGAUGUGACUACUCCUCUGGCGACUGCGGCUGGCAAGACGGACGGCAGCACUUAUGCACGGAUGUGUACACCGCUGCUGCUGGCUGUGGGAGCGAUGACCCUUGUGGCUGUGUGCUGA